UUGCCUCACCAGGUAUGGAAGAUGCCGAUCUGCCGGUCAGUGGAGGGUCCGGUGACCCCACCUCGCUGGGGAAGGACGGAGAGCGGGACAGAGAAGUCGCCGACACCGACCAACUCCGCAGGAAGCUGAAAUACUUCUUCAUGAACCCGUGCGAGAAGUUCAGGGCCCGCGGGCGCAAGCCCUGGAAACUGGGCGUCCAGAUCCUGAAGAUAGCCAUGGUCACUCUGCAGUUUGGUCGUGUUGGUCUCAGCAACCAGAUGGUGGUUCUGGUUCAAGAAGAAAACACGGUGGCAUUUAAACACCUCUUCAUUAAAAACUACCUGACAACAGCGACAGUGACUGCCAUCUACACCCAGAGUGAAGUCUACGAGUAUCUGUCCUUCAUCUUCACCCAUUACGUGCAGCUGCGGAGGGUGUCGGUGGGAAACCAUGCGUACGAGAGGCGGGGGGCCGGCCUGAUGCCCCUCACCGUGUGUCAGUACUUCUACAAGCGGGGCAGCAUCAGCCCAGGCAACGAGUCCUUCAACAUCGACCCAAUGGUGGAGACCGAGUGCUUGGACAUUGAGCCAAUGACUCCGGGUUCCACUAGACCGGCAGCUGAGAAACCAAACUUGACCCUGCACUUCCAUCGUCUUUUAAUGGUGCAAAUUCAGUUUAAACUCAAGGCCAUCAAUCUUCAAACCAUCCGGCGUCACGAGCUGCCUGAUUGCUACGAUUUCCAUGUGACUAUCACCUUUGACAAUAAGGCUCACAGUGGCAGGAUUCAGAUUGGUUUGGACAGCGACAUAUCCAUUAGAAAAUGCAAAGGCAGGCAUGUAACUGGGGGAGUGCAACGAAACAGCCACUACAUGAUGAUAUUUGACGGCUUUAUCGUGGGGAUUUGCCUGAUCUCGUUGAUCCUCUGCACCCGGUCCAUUGUCAAUGGGAUAAAGCUGCAACAUGAGUUUGCCAGCUUCUUUGCCCAGCAAUACAGCAAGCAGGUGAGCUGGUCCGAGCGUUCGCAGUUCCUCAACGGCUGGUACACCCUGAUCAUCACCAGCGACCUGCUCACCAUCACCGGCUCUGUACUCAAGAUGGAGAUUGAUGCCAAGAGUUUUGCAUCGUAUGAUGUGUGCAGCAUCUUGCUGGGCUUGUCCACGCUGCUGGUCUGGGUGGGAGUCAUCCGAUACCUCGGCUUCUUUGAGAAGUACAACGUGUUGAUUCUCACCCUGCGUGCGGCACUGCCCAAUGUGAUGCGUUUCUGCUGCUGUGCCUCCAUGAUGUACCUGGGCUACUGCUUCUGUGGAUGGAUCGUGCUGGGGCCGUAUCACCAGAAGUUCCGAUCGCUCAACAUGGUCUCCGAGUGCCUCUUCUCCCUCAUCAAUGGCGAUGACAUGUUCUCCACCUUUGCGGCCAUGAAGGACAAGAGCUACCUGGUGUGGCUCUUCAGCAGGUUGUACCUGUACUCCUUCAUCAGCCUCUUCAUCUACAUGGUCCUCAGCCUCUUCAUUGCCCUCAUCACCGACACCUACGAGACCAUCAAACUUUACCAGCGGCAGGGGUUCCCACAGACCGACCUGCAGGCAUUCAUCGGUGAGUGCCAGGACUUGCCGGACUCUGGCAAGUACCGGGUGGCAGAGGAGUUGCCCGUCUCUCUCUACUGCUGCUGUAACAGGUGA